AUGAAAUAAUUUGAAUUGCAAAUACAAAAGGAAUUGAAUGUUGGGAUAGGAGAGGAAUAAAAUUAAAUUAAAUAUUAAAUGAAAGUUGAAUUUCUUUUGAUUUGAAUAGCUUUUCUAAUGCCUUAUCAGUUGCUGCCUUUAAUUGUCAAUUGAAAAUUAGGAAAAACAAUUGCGAGACUCGAAGCUGAGAAUAAAGGCUAUAAAUAAAUUAGAUCACAUAAAUCAACAAAUUGGAUCUUAAUCAGCCAUUGCUUAAAAAAGCUACAGGAAAAAUCUAAAAAAACAAAUAACUUUUUAACUAUGCUUAAUCUCAACCUUUGUCAAUGAAAUAAAAAUAUGCUACUCAAGCAAGAAGAAAUGA